AUGGCGUUGAUUAAGAGUUUGCUUGCGCUGUCCCUCCUUCAAGCCCAGGCUGCGCUGGCGAAUGAUCAAAUUACCCACCAGCAGAAGAAUAUUGUUCUCGUCAUUCAAGAUCCUUUACCUCCUGUGACCGUCACUCGAACAGUUGAAAUCCCAACAACUGCUGUUGUUGCCGUCCCCAAGACCGACCAGACAGCUACAUCUACUACCAGCAUUAUAACGUCCACUGUUUACACAUCGACCGCAACAUCGUAUGUCUACACGGCCACGGUGACCGCCACGUCCACAACUGGAACCUUGACUCAAACCGUCUACCCCAAUACAGAGAUCGACACGGUCUACACUCAAACGAAUGUUGUUACCGAAUACACUUCUACAUCAGUAGACUACCAGACUACUGGAACUGACACGGUCACCGUAACCGUCGCUACACUCCCAAUAACGACAACGACCGCGACCAUCACUAUCACGAACUUCGCCGCCCAGGCCGCGACGGCAACAGUCUCAUCGGGAACUGUCACAGCCUACACAACCGUUGAUACUGGUCUCCAAAAGCGCCAUGAUUUCCGUGAUGCCCUGCUGCCAAGACUAGCGGCGUGUGAACGAAACACUUUGAAGACCGCAUGCUCAUGCAUUGAAGUCCACCCAUCUACACAUACCGUUACAACCACAGCUAGGUGCACCCAUACGUGGUUCAAAACCGUCAGAAUCACCAAGACUGUAGAUGUCAUCGGUACCACGAUAAAGAAUGCUGUGUCUACUGCUACCAUUGGCACCGCAUCCACGAUUACCACUGCUAUCGUUUAUGUUGCCACCGUGCAAGGCGUAGAAACAGAUACUACCAGUCUUGGUUCCACUUCUACACUAUCGACCGUCUUUGUCAAAGAGGUUGCUACGGCCGCCACGGCGACAAGCUCAAUCACGUAUUUCUCGCCAGUCGACGUGGCUGCCACAACAACUGUGCUUAUCACUUCCACUACGACCGUCACAGUACCCGCUGCCACUACUACCGUCGCAACAGAUGUUGUGUACAGCCUUGUAUUUGGCCCACAAGCUGGAUGCUCCUAUGUGUUGGAAGCGGACUAUCUCGAUCAAUAUUCACAGAACAUCGCUAGCGGCACCACGCAUAAUGAAAGGGUAGCCAUCUGCGCCGCAUUUUGCGAUAGAACGCCUGGAUGCAAGACAUUUGGCAUGAACUGGUUCCCAAGUUGUGGAGCAAAUGGCGAAUCGGUGUACUGCAUUGCUUCACAGGACGCAUGGGCAGGCUCGGGUACUAUGGAGUGCGGUAUUGGAACCGGUUUCAAUGGAUGUUCCAUCUACCAGGACGGUACUGUCUAUCAGAAACACUAG